AUGGCUCUGCAUAAAUCUCACUCGGCCUCGCGCCCGCUGUGCUUCGUCAUGGCCCUGGCUGGCCUAGCGCUGCUCCUGUUCGGCCUUCUCUUCAACCUGGGAUCGCACAUGCUGCCGGUCGCCUCGUGCCCCCCGCCGCGCGUGCGCGUGUCCACGGAGCGCAAGGCGAAACCGCUGCCGCGCUGCGCCAAGCCCAACGCCGACGGCGUCGUGCCGCGCGCCAAGACCUUCCUCAUAGUCUUUAUGGGCAACUCGGCGUCCACCGCCAUCUCGCUCGACCUGCGCAACCACCCGGACGUCCACAUGGACGUGCUGGAGAUGGUCGACCUGCCGGGCUACGACAACACCACGGAGGCCCUCGCGCACGUCCGCCGCUUCUUCGACGAGGGCAUCGCCAUGGGCAAGAUCCCGGGCUUCAAGAUCCGCCCCAAGCACAUCCUCGCCAUGCGCGAGGAGUGGGCCGCCCUCGCGCGCGAGUACGACACCCACCUGUUUUGGCAGUACCGGAAGAACACGCUCAAGAGCGCGCUGACCAGCUACAUCAAGUACGAGGUGGCCGGCGGCGACAACGUCAACGUGGGCGGCAUGAAGAAGAACGUGUCGAUAGAGGAGCGGUGCCAGAUGGGCAAGGGAUGCAAGCAUCACAUCGACGUGGACUCGUUCUACGCGCGGCUGCGCGGGCAGCUGGACUGGACAAACACGGUGACGGAGGCCGUGCGGGUAAUGGACGACGCGCGCGGGUGCGUUUGGGAGGCGCCGUACGAGGAAUACCUCGAGGACCGCGAGACGUUCAACACCAACAUGCAGCGGUUCUUGGGCAUCAAGGAGAUGGCCGUCAAGCAGGAACGGUGGAAGGGCACCGGCGACGGGGUGUGCGACGUCGUCGAGAACUGGGAUGAACUGUGCGAAAAGCUGUACGGCUGCGUGAUCUGGCAGCCGCUGCUGGAGGACCCUAAGAACGGGUGCUUCUGCAACACGUUCGGCACGGGCACCGACGCCUACUGCCGGACGGACAAGGACCGCAAAAAAAAAUAG